AUGCUAAUAGAAGCCAAGAGAUGGGUCCCAGGAUGCUGUCGUCAAGAAGGAGACAUUAUCGGUGGGACAACUGCUUCACUCGCCCGAUGUUUCGGAUUCCAGCUUGAACCCAUCAUCAGAGACGCAAGCGGAUACGGCCUGUUCCGGCGUCUCAAGUUUCUGACCGCUGAGACAGACCCCACGGUCUCUUCGUCAGCACGAUUCCUGGAGAAACUCAAGGGGGUAAGCCUACAUCCAAAUGAGGUCAUGAUACCUUUUGAUUUUACGUCCCUUUUUUCUAUUCCCCAGGACCUGGCGAUCGGAACAAUUGAGCUGCUUAAACAAAGCAAAUAUGAUGAAACGGAGAAUCGUCUUGGACACGCUCAAGUCCUUCAGCUCCUGAAGUCCCGGCUUAGGACGUACUUCACGUUCGACGGGACGAUCUACGAACAGGUUAAAGGCACACCAAUGGGUUCGCUGAUUUCGGGAUUCAUCGCCAAGGCGGUCCUGCAACGGUUAGAGUCACUGGUCUUCCAACACGACAGACCAAAAUACUGGGCCCGGUGUGUGGAUGAUACCUUUGUCGUUAUCGACCGGGAUCAACUGCUGCCAUUCAAGGUACUCUGA